AUGAGCACCAACGCUGUUUACGACGAAUUUCCACAAUGGUUUAUUAUAGCCGAAACUUCUUCGAUAUUCGUUCUUCUUCUUGUCUCAAUCAUUACAAUUCCGCUGUAUAUAUUUGAGGUUUGCGUGAUUUUUCAAAGUCGAAAAAGUGUUUUUCAAGGUCCAUUUUACCGCCUGAUAUCGAUUGGAAUGAUUGUUGAUCUGGUAGCAUUAAUCAAUAUCUUUGUAGGGCAGGUUAUGCCGGCUCAAAGAGUGUUAGAAGGUUUCUUCGCCAAAUUUCAGUUAUGGGUGGGCCGCUUAUACUUUACGAUUACAUAUGCAUCCAGGUGUGUACAAGGUGCCACUGCAAUGCUACUCUCAUUCAAUCGCGUAUGUGCUGUUGUCUUCCCAGUUUUAUAUAGAAAAUUGGGUACUCGAAACUACUUAUGGACCCAGCAAUUUAUUCAACUAUUCGGCUCAGUGGCUGCCGUCAUCCUACUUGCUCCAAGGGAAUACAUUUUCCGGUUUGAAAACCUCGGAUGGUAUGCAGCGAUGGUCGACAAUCAAUUCCGGAAGCGCUUUUUCAUAUUGGUUGCCAUUCUCGAGGUCAUCUUUGUGUUCAUGGUGGUCGUCAAUAAUGUCACAAUGGUGGUCGCAUUUCGGUGCAAAUAUCGAGUGAGAAAAAUUUCGUCAAGAGCUUCUAGUUUGAUAAAUGAGAGGAUACUACUAGAAAAGCAACGACAAGAGCAAAGCAUGACAAACAUGACGUUCAUCAUUUGCACGGUGGAAUUAACAUAUUUCUUGUUCGUGGUUUAUACGCUUCAGAUAAAUCAAUCAAUUAACAAACGGUACUUUUAUUUCUUUUACAACAUUUUGGGUGUUGUUUAUUCGAUAUUUUCACCGUGGCUUCUACUAUUAUUCUCACGACCAAUAACCACAGAGUUUGCAAAACUUCUCAGGCGGACAUUUAGGAUCAAGGAAUCGAAAUCGCUAAAUGUCAUCGGUCAGCCUCCAUCGACGAUCGCUCUGUCUUCUGUUUCAUAA